AUGAGCUCGUUAAGACACCAGGUGGUGAAGGUCUAUAAAGAACUCCUCUUCCUGGGUCGAGAUUAUCCCCUUGGAUACGCAUAUUUCCGAGGCCGGCUGCACCGGGCAUUUGCCAGCCAGGCGCACAUCACAGACGAAGCCGAGAUUAAAAAGGGCAUAGAGAGGGCCGAGUUCGUGAAGAAAGAAGUCGAAGCAUUAUAUUACCUGAAACGGUACCGGACGCUGAAGAAGCGUUACCAGACACCAAGCAACUGA